UAAAAACGAGCAAUUCGUGCUAAUGGCAGCCAUAAUUAGGACUCUGGGUGCCAGAGCUGCUGUCGCCGUUUUGGCGACCAAGCAUGUUCUGCCCGCUGCUGGCACAGCUGCUCUUCGUUUCGCCAGCACGGCGCCCGUUGACGCCAAAAAACCAGAGAAACCCACUGUGCGAAAGCCGGAUGCAGCCGGUCGCACCAGUCUCUCCGAUUUCGGACGCUACGUUGCCGAGUGCUUGCCCAAGUACGUGCAGAAGGUUCAGCUGACCGCCGGCGAUGAGCUGGAAGUGCUGAUUGCCCCUGAAGGCGUGGUGCCCGUGCUGCAGUUCCUGAAGGACCACCACCAGGCACAGUUCACCAAUCUGAUCGAUAUUGCAGGCAUGGAUGUGCCCUGCCGCAAGCAUCGUUUCGAGGUCAUUUACAACCUCCUGUCGCUCCGCUACAACGCCCGUAUUCGCGUGAAGACCUACACCGAUGAGCUGACCCCCUUGGACUCUGCCUGCGAGGUGCACAAGGCUGCCAACUGGUACGAGCGUGAAAUUUGGGACAUGUAUGGCGUGUUCUUUGCCAACCACCCCGACUUGCGUCGCAUUCUCACCGACUACGGCUUCGAGGGCCAUCCCCAGCGCCGCGACUUCCCCCUGUCCGGUUACGUGGAGUUGCGCUACGAUGAUGAGAAGAAACGCGUUGUCUGCGAGCCCCUGGAGUUGGCGCAAGAGUUCCGGAAGUUUGAUUUGUCGGCCCCCUGGGAGCAGUUCCCCAAUUUCCGCAAUGCUAAUCCCCCCGCUGAGGUGGUGCCCUCACAGGCCCAGCCAGCCAAGAAGUAGUCUCCCAAUGCGGUUUGUUAAAUGGUAAUUAGAGGAAGCCUUAAUAAAACGAAAUAAAUAAAAUACAUACGUAUGUAAUACAAAAAGGAA